GUCCCAUUGCCGCCGAGACCCCGCCGCGAGCGCCUGGCCGGAGGGGGCUCGAGCCGAUGGUUACCAUGGGAACCCAGUCCGGAGCGCACUCGCGCCCACUCCUGCUGCUGCUCCUCGCGCUGCCGCUGGUGCGGGGCCUGGGGACCCAGGGGCAGGGAGGGGACCGGCGGCCCGCACGGGUUUACAGAACACCAGAGCCUGUUUACAAGGAGCAGUAUUUUGAGCAGGUAUUGGAUCACUUCAACUUCGAAUCGUAUGGCAAUAAGACCUUCCUACAGCGAUACCUCACAACAGCUGAAUUCUGGAAGAAGGGAGUUGGGCCCAUCUUCUUUUAUACUGGGAAUGAAGGAGACAUUUGGGAAUUUGCUCAGAAUUCCGGCUUCAUCCUUGAGCUGGCAGAACAGCAGAAUGCACUAGUGGUUUUUGCAGAGCAUAGGUAUUAUGGGACAUCUCUUCCAUUUGGGAAACUGUCAAUGCAGCGGGAAAAUAUCGGCUUACUCACUGUGGAACAAGCCCUUGCUGACUAUGCGGUGCUCAUUACAGAGCUUAAAAAGCAGUAUGGUGCCAGGGAUUGCCCAGUCAUUGCCUUCGGAGGCAGUUAUGGUGGAAUGUUGAGUGCUUACAUGAGAAUGAAAUAUCCUAACAUUGUGGCUGGAGCACUAGCUGCCAGUGCUCCUCUGUUGUCUGUGUCUGGGAUUGGAGACCCCAACCAGUUCUUUCAAGCUGUCACUGCAGAUUUUCAGAGCUCGAGCCCAGCUUGUGUCAAGGCCGUGAGCAAAGCCUUCCAGGAAAUCAAUGACCUCUACUUGAGUGGAGCCUACGAUAGAAUCAGCAGUGAAAUGUCCACGUGCAAGAGGGUUUCUUGCAAGGAAGAUGUCUACCAGCUGUUUGAGUUCACUCGAAAUGCCUUCACCAUGAUGGCUAUGAUGGACUAUCCUUACAAAACAGACUUCAUGGGUCACUUCCCUGCUAACCCUGUCAAGGUUGGCUGUGACCAGAUCCUUGCACACCAGGACCAUAUUAAAGGACUGGCGGCUCUUAUCGGAGUGUUCUACAACUCAACUGGGAUGGUCCCGUGUUAUGACAUAUACAAACAGUACAGAAAAUGUUCUGACCCGACUGGCUGUGGCAUUGGCCCUGAUGCUGAGGCGUGGGACUAUCAGGCUUGUACUGAGAUCAACUUAACCUUCAGCAGCAACAACGUGACCGACAUGUUCCCUGAAAUCCCGUUCACCGAGGCUAUGAGACAGCAGUACUGCUUCAACAAAUGGCUCGUGCACCCACAAAGGGACUGGUUGCAAACAAUGUUUUGGGGCAGCGACCUGAAAGCUGCAAGCAACAUCAUAUUUUCAAAUGGAGACUUGGAUCCAUGGGCAGGCGGUGGCAUAAAAAGUAACCUCAGUUCCUCACUAAUUGCGAUAACCAUUAAGGGAGGCGCUCAUCAUCUGGAUCUCCGAGGAUCUAAUCCAGCUGAUCCUCCAUCUGUCACAGAUGCACGCAACCUAGAAGCAAGGAUUAUCCAUAAGUGGGUGAAGUCUGCUAGGAUUGAGAGAGCCUGGGAGAAGAUGUUUGCGGGUAUAUCACCGUGAAGAUAUCCAUCCAGCUGCCAGCGGGAGUGUUGUGCUGCUAGUGUGUGUACCAGAAAGCACAAGGGUGGCAGCCAUGGGAGCUACUUGUGCACAGAUCAUUUGACAAAAAUGUCAGUUCAAAUAGCUCUACCAAGGUGAUCAAAAUUCACCAGUCUAAAGUGUCCUGUGAGUCAAUCAAGUCUGUCAAAAGAAAACAAGUAGGCCAAUCCAUUGACUGAAGGCAAUAGCACUUUGCACCGGUCACAUGCUUACCUGCAUUGUACCACAGAUGUAAUUGUAAUGGGGGAAGGGGAGAAUAAAAGCUUGCCUGCAAGUGUUAGACCAUU